AUGACGUUGAACAUGAAAGAUAAAAACGAAGAUCUCGUUGCUGAUAUAAGAGAAGUUCUCAACAAGAAGAUCUUGGCUGAACCGAAUAAAUACCAAAAGUUGUUAUGUUCUUUAAAUACAUUUUUAGGUUACACCUUUUUGUUAAAAGAACAAGUAAAAGCGGACGAUUUUAUAACUGUCAUAGAUGUCGAGAAAACAAAAUACAGCUCCAUGAAAGAAUUGAUGUUCUCUUACAGUUAUAAACCUCUACCACUAAACAAUAAACUUCUGCUGGAAAUUAUCGUUAUAAAAGCUCCAAAAGCGUGGAAAGAGAGCAAUGACAUGAAGGAAAACCAAAUUCCUUUGUUGAUAAGAAUUAACCACGUAAUUGCUGAUGGGCUCUCGGUGAUGAACCUCUGUGCUCAAGCCCUUGGUGAAAAUGACGUAAACCUAGAGAAGAGUCUGAAAAAUAUUCCAAAAAGUCCAGAAUGGCAACGCCAACCUGCUUUCCAGUUCCUACAAAAAAUAUAUCUGUUCUUCAUGGUUCCAGGUUUUCUUUUAGUACGCUACUUCAAAGGCGAAGCCGUUUCGGUAGCAGGCCAAGAAUACGAAGGUCCAAUGUCGGCCUACAGGCAAAAUGUUUCCUAUAAAACGGAAAAACCUGGAGAAAACUUAGUGCAAAAAAUUAAAGACUUGAAAAAACAAAUCGGUAAUGACACUAGUUUUAGUGAAAUCAUUUUGACUGCCGUGUCGUCCAGUUUGUACAACUAUUACGAAAAGGCUUUAUUUAAAAUACCCAAAUCUGUGAGAAUGGCAGUUGUAGCUACCAGGGAUCUAGAGCCAAUGACUGUGAAAGGAGUACCGCAGCUACGUAACCAAUUUGGACUAGUAAACUUCGAACUUCCUAUUAAGAUUGAUUCUACAUCUAUAUUAGCGAGACUAGAAGUUCUGAAAAAGAAUACAAAGAAGUUGUACGAUGAUCCAUCUGAACUUAUACUACGAAACUACAUCACAUUCAACCUCUUGAAAAUAAUGCCUCUACCACUAAUCAAGAGAGUACUACCGAUGAAUGGUAUAGCCACUGUUAUCAGUAAUUUGCCGGAAUUCCCCAGGAUUAUAGUAUUCAACGGCCAUGAAGUAGAAGACGCCUACUUUUUUACUCUUCAAAGAGAUCAGAUGGCUACUGGAUUUGCCGUCAUCAGUUACGACAGCCGAAUUCAUUUGGGCUUCGUCGGCGAUGUAGCUUCUAUACCCACCCAAGCUGACUGUGACGAUAUCGUUGACGAAUUCUUUAACGCCAUCCAAAGGAUGCAGAUAGAAUCCGACAAGAAGAGACUAAAUAUAUCUUAA